AAGCUCUCAUUUCGUGCACGUCACUCGAAAUUGGAACUUGAUCACAGCCAGUGGUCGUGUUGAAAAAUCGAAUUUUUUCAAUUAUAAUAACUUCCUUUACAUUCCCAUUUAUUCUCGAAGAAUAGCAGAUUAGCAUUAAAACUCCGCAAUGGCUGAUGAUAGUUUACUAAACGACUCCAAUCUGGCCACGCUUGGCAGCAACGACGAUGAAGCCGAGCUCCUGAUAGAGGACGAUUAUUUGAAGGGUUCGGAAAUGCAAAUCGACCCGGAACUGGAAGCCAUUAAGGCACGAGUCAAGGAGAUGGAAGAAGAGGCGGAAAAGUUGAAGCAGUUACAAUCAGAAGUCACGAAACAGAUGACCUUGGGUUCGCCCACCGGAUCGACACCCAUGCUAACGGCGGAGGAAAAGGCCGAGGUGGAUAACCGUUCUAUCUAUGUUGGAAACGUCGACUACGGUGCGACAGCUGAGGAGCUGGAAGCACAUUUCCAUGGAUGCGGAGCGAUCAAUCGAGUGACGAUUCUUUGCAACAAAGCAGACGGUCAUCCGAAAGGAUUCGCAUACAUUGAGUUUGGGUCGAAAGAAUUCGUAGAAACUGCGCUCGCUAUGAACGAAACACUAUUCCGGGGCAGACAAAUCAAGGUGAACCCAAAGCGUACUAACCGCCCAGGAAUGUGUCAAACUAAUCGGUUUCCACGAGGUGUCCGAGGUCGUGCGGCCAGAGCUUCGAGGGCCUGUUGCUACGGAGCACACCGUGGCACCAGAAGGCCUAUCCGAGGCUAUCGAGGUCGUGCCAAUUAUUACGCACCUUAUUAAUUGGUGAUAUUUUCUGAAUCUAGAAGUAUAAUCACUCUAGCUAUUAGGAGCAUUAGCUAAACUUAGGGAUAAUAAAAUAUAUAUGAUAUUUUUCAAAAAACAUUAUUUGUCUUCAUCACAACUCGAAAAACGCGCUUACAUUGCGGCCUUAAUGGCCGCCCCUUGUGAAAUGCGCAAAAAAGAUGCAAACAUAUUCAAUACACCCACGAUCGCAGAAAUAAUGUUUUUUGAAACUCAGUGCAGCAGACUUCGCAUGGUGUGGAAAAAGAGUCAAGGCAAAAAAGAUGUGCAAAAUUGCAAAAAAUAAACACACAUACACAAACACCAUGGCUAAAAUAAAAGGAAAAAAGAGCAGACUGCGCAUAAAAAAGAAAAACCAUGAAAAAAAUGAUUGAAGCACAAAACAAGCCCUGUUCAAAAGAUGAUAUAUAAAAGAAAUGCUAAUGAGAUACACCAUCAUCGGAAAAAAACAAUCAUUAAAAAAGGACAAUGGUCCAGCAAAAGUCCCACUAAAAAGAAAUGGCGCGAUGAAGAAACGGAAAAAAUGCUAAAACAAACCCCUAAAAAUGAUAAACACAACCCUGGAAUACAACCAAAAAGAUACAAAGAAGAGCAAUAUAUACAAGAUGAAUCAACAGAAAGAUGCGCCCUGAACUGAAGAAGAUGAACAAAAAUAAAGAGAAUGAAUAAAUAAAUUUUCGAUAUUUGUGUUGCGUAGUAGUACCCUCGAAAGAAGUGUGAAUCUUUGAUCUUAAGUUUUACCUAUUGAUUUUAUAUUUUUAUUGUGUAUGUUAUC